CCACCUUUUUCAAGAUGACGAAAGAAGAGGCAGAUCCGAUCUUGCUGUCUUUAUUUGCAGCUCGCUUUAUGAGCGUUGCAGAGGCAAUGGGCAGAUCAUUACAACAAACUUCAAUCAGUACAAAUAUCAAAGAACGUUUAGAUUUCAGUUGUGCGCUCUUUUCGCCCGAUGGUGGCUUGGUUGCAAAUGCACCUCAUUUACCCGUUCAUUUGGGCUCGAUGAGCUUUGCCGUUCGUUAUCAAAUUGAAAGUUUGGGAAAAGAUGGCAUUCAUCAAGGUGAUGUCUUGCUUGCAAAUCAUCCUAGUGCAGGUGGAAGUCAUUUGCCUGAUAUAACUUGCAUCACCCCUGUUUUCGAUGAUUCAGGCAAACAGAUCAUCUUUUUCACAGCAAGCAGAGGUCAUCAUGCCGAUAUUGGAGGGAUAUUGCCUGGAAGCAUGCCACCCACUUCCAAAACGAUCUAUGAGGAAGGAGCACAGAUCAAGUCAUUCAAGAUUGUCAAUAAAGGGGAGUAUGAUCGAAAAGGCCUAUUGAAGCAUAUUCUCGAAGAUCCGGCGCAAUAUCCUGGCUGUAGUGGAACGAGAUGCUUGCGUGAUGUUGAGAGUGAUUUACAGGCACAAAUUGCCGCAAAUCAGAAAGGUAUCAAUCUCAUUCAUGGUCUUGUGAAAGAGUGGGGUCUCGAAACAGUUCAGGAUUACAUGGGUCAUAUUCGUGCCAACGCAGAAACUGCUGUCAGAAAUCUCCUGCGUCAGGUAGCAAAGGAGAAUGACACAAAAGAGCUCUUAGCAGUGGAUCAUAUGGACGAUGGAUCACCAAUCCAGCUCAAAGUGACCAUCGAUACAGAAAAGGGCUCAGCAAUCUUUGAUUUCGAGGGAACGGGACCAGAAGUGUACGGCAAUCACAAUUGUCCAAAGAGUGUCGUGUUUUCGGCAAUCAUUUAUUGUUUGCGUGCAAUGGUGGAUCAGGAUAUUCCACUGAAUCAAGGUUGUUUGACACCAAUCGAAGUACGUAUCCCGCAAGGAUGUUUCUUGGAUCCUAGUGAUGAAGCAGCGGUUGUGGGAGGAAAUGUGUUGACAAGUCAAAGAAUCACAGAUGUUGUGUUGAAAGCAUUUGGAGCGUGUGCUGCAAGUCAAGGUGAUUGCAAUAAUCUCACAUUCGGAUUAGGCGGUCAAGAUGAGAAGGGAAACCAUGUGGAAGGGUUUGGGUACUAUGAAACAAUCGCAGGUGGAAGUGGUGCAGGACCAUCUUGGCAUGGAACUGGAGGUGUUCAUACCCACAUGACAAAUACCCGCAUCACCGAUCCUGAGAUUAUGGAACGACGUUAUCCGGUCGUGUUGAGAGAGUUUUCUAUUCGAGAUGGAAGUGGAGGAGCAGGAAAGUAUAGAGGAGGGGAUGGUGUCGUUCGGGAUAUCGAAUUUUUGUCAAAACAAAUCCAAGUAAGCAUCUUGAGUGAGCGAAGAGUCUUUCGUCCUUAUGGCCUACAAGGAGGUCAAGAUGCACAGAAUGGACGCAAUUUGUGGAUCAAGCGAAAUGCAGAUGGUCAAAGGAAGGAUCGGGUUGUUAAUCUUGGUGGAAAGACAACGGUGAAAUUUAACAGAGGAGACCGGAUAGUUGUCAUGACACCCGGAGGAGGAGGCUGGGGUGCUCCAGAGAAAGAGUCCGAGACAAACCAAAGCAAGUCUACCUAUUCCCACAUAGACAAGAGAAGUGGCUCAUUAGCAGAACGCGAAGCUACUUCCCUGGGAGCUUAAUGUAUCUUUUAUCAGCACAAUCAAUCUCUACAAAUUAGCCAUCUGAUUGCUGUUUGCGUUUAAAUAAUACAGGAUCACUCUUCCAUAGGCUCAACAUCUCCUACUGUAGCAUUUCCGCCGGCUUGUGUACCUGUGCCUGUAGUUGAUGGUCCUUUACGUUUCUCCAAUUGAUCCAACCAUUUCUUUAGUGCGUCACCUUCGACAAUGCGGAACUUCUCUGCUCCUUUCGAUUCUGGUGAAGAAGCGUCUGCAUCUGCAUUUGGUCCAACAAUUGAGAGCGAGACGGCGUCCGCGUCCAGUUC